AGUAAGCUUAUUAUAUAUUACAUAUACUAUUACUAAAUUUUUAGGGGAUAAAGUAAAUACAAGUUGUAAAAUUUAUUGUCAUUUCAUUGACUUUUCAAAUUAUUUUUACAGAUAUGGCUACUUCAAAGAUUACAUUCAUAAAAGACAUUGACCCAGUCAAUUCGGAUUUCACUAUCAAAGUCAAAGUAUUGAAGUUAUGGACGCUCAAUUCUAAAUUUAAUGAGAACGAAAAGUACUCCAUCGAAAUGAUUUUAUUGGAUGAACAGGGAUCUCUAAUUCAAGCUAAUGUUUUCCAAAACUUAUUUUAUAAGUUUGAAAAAAGUCUUCGUGAGGGAUCCGUUUAUGAAUUUACCACUCUAUCUGUUGCAAAACACAAUCCACAUCCCAAAUCUACCAUCUUUUCUGAUCUUCCAAAUAAAAUAACCUUCAUAAGGGAAACAGAACUUAAGGAAAGUCUUAAUUUUCCGAAAAAUGUUUUUGGAUUAUCUUUUGUUGAUUUUCAGAAAAUUAAUUCCAAGGUUAUCCCAACCCAAAGAUCUGUUGAUGUUAUUGGCGUGGUUGUCUCCCGUACUACUAUUAUCCCCUCUCAGAAAAAAGACAAGCAAAGAAUCCAUCUUGAGCUCAAAAACUUGGAUGGUGUACUACUUAAGGUCACUUUGUGGGGUCAUUUUGCCAACAAAGUUUCUGAUUAUCUUGACACUCAUAACACUGAUGAUUGUGUUGUUAUAAUUGUGCAGUUUGCAAAAAUAAAUGAUUACAGAGGUAAUAUCGGUGUUGCGAGUUACUAUGAUGUCACAACUGUCUUCAUCAACACUGAUAUUGAUGAAAUCAAACAGUUUAGAGAAAAGUUGGCUAAGGAUAAUGAAUCUUCACAAUUAUCCGGUACCAUCAGCUUGAUUCGGACAAAACAUGUUUCACUCAAUGAUGAUUUCCUAAAAAAUAAUGAGGUUAAGACAAUUUACAAAAGUAAAGAACCUGUCCAGGUUGAAGAGUUCAUAAUUGUUGGUACUAUAAUAGGAAUCCGCCAAGACAAACCUUGGUGUUACCAAAGUUGUCCCGAUUGUCAUGUAAAGGCAGUUGAAAUUCCGGAUUGCAAUGAAGAUGUGAAACUUUACAAGUGUACAAAUGUUGAAUGCAACAAGUCUACUAAAGUUCCUAUCCCAAGAUACAUGAUUCCAGUUUGUGUUCAAGACGAUUCUGCUUCUACAAUCUUAACUAUGUUUGAUCGGGAAGCAUAUGGGCUCUUGGGAAUUUCAGCCAGAGAUUUAGCAGAAAAACAUACUAGGCUUGGAUUCAGUUUGGGCAUAUAUCCUCCUGAACUCAAUUUUUUGAAAAACAAGCAUUUAGCUUUUAAAGUUAGUGUCACAAAAUACAAUGUGAAAUUUCAAAAUAGUGUCUACACAAUCUCAAGGGUAACGGAGGAAAAGCAAAUAAUCGAGAGUUUGGAGAGAAAGCUACUUCAGUUGCAGCCUGCAACUUUAGAGUCUUUAAACGAUGGACCAUCCGACUCCAAUUCCCAGGAAAAAAAUACUUACCAAGGAUUGGGUUUCACAUUCGGAUGAAAAUGUUACACCGUCUACCGGAAAUAUUUUGACACCAACAAGUUUUGAAAAUGUAAAAAGUACUUCGAUGAAUUUAACACGCAAGUUUGAAGAAGUGUAUGAUGUGGAACAGUAUUCGAAUUCGUCAUCAACAAAAGCACCGCGUCUUUCAACCGGAACUGGAGAGGGGAUCAAGCUUUUGAUACCAAAAGUUGAAAAAUAACAAGACAAACAUUUUUUGAAACAUUUUUUGCUUUAGCUUUAUUUAUAACUUCCCAUGAAGUUUUUAAUAAUUCUUCAAACUUGGUUAAUAACUUAUUAUGACGUUGUACUUUGAAAAGUACAGUUGACUCCUCUUUUGCAUUGAUGCAUUUUAAGACUUUUAUGUUUGGUUUUGUUUUUUAAUUUUAUUGAAUGUUCUUUUUUUCAUUUCGUAAGUAAUUUGACAUUGUAUUUUGAAAAUUAAAAUUGACUACUAUUUUAAUUUUCUUUUCAUAUGACUAUAUUUGUGUCCCUAAAUGUUUGUUAUCAAAUUUUAUGUCUUUCUUACAAUUAUCGAGUUUAUCAUUGUAUGCUACAAUUAUCGACUUUAUCAAUCAGCUCGGAAUCAAUUAA